UGUGUGUACGCACAUCCACAGAGUUAAAUCAAAGGCAAAGGUAAACAUGGGUCGGUGCCUGAUAAUUGUUUUAGGCAUAGUGGGCUUAGUUUUUACAGGGUCAGCCAUGAGUGCACCAUCAUGCUCGCAGGUGGACGUAGAGGUAGCACCAUGCUUGCCCUUCUUGAAAAACGGCAACGGCCCAUCAAGUACGUGUUGUGCAGGAGUUAAGCAUAUCAAUGGCGAUAUUAAGAACAAAGCUGACAGGCAAGCUGUAUGCCAAUGUCUUAAAGCGGCAUUAGGCAAGAUUGGAUCUUACGACCCCAAUCGAAUCCCUCUACUUCCUAAUAAAUGUGGGAUCCCCGAUCUCAUUCUUCCUCCAAUCGAUCAGAACACUGAUUGCGCCACGGCAUGAUUCUGCGUGUACGAUGGGUAGAAUCAAGAGGACCUGUUGGUGCUAGAAAGGAGUAUAUAAUGUUAUGUACCAAAUAAAUUUGGAAAUGAGUCAAGCACUUGAUCAAAAGUCUGUGUUAAAUAAUUGAUGUAUCGAU